AUGCUUACCGAGAGCGCGACCAUGGGAAUGGAUGGGUUCUGGUGCUCGGAAUACCUACUCGAUUCGCCGUCCACAUCCAAGUAAGUUGUACUGUAAUUUUAAUUUUUCAAAUUUUGGUUUUUUAAUAUACGAUAGCUAUGGGUUCUUUUUUUUAAAUUUACUGUAAGUUUUCAGAGACAGUGGUAAUGGUUCUUGUGCUGCUCCAUCUACAACAUCUAGUCGGACAUCUUCUUCACGAAAACGGCCUUUAUCAGCUGUACUAGAAAACAAGUUUUCUCUGUCCAAGGUAAAUUUUUAAUUUUUUAAGAUAGUAUAUUCUUUGACAUUAAAAUUGUAAAUUUUAUAAUUUUUUUAAAUAUAAUUGUUUACUAGUUAAGUUUUACCUAAAAUUUAACUUCAUACAAAUUUUUAACAAUUGUGAUUCCAGGAAGGCCCUCUGCCAAAACGGCUACAUUCAGAAACGAAACUGGAGACCGUGAACUUGGAGUACGUUGUGGUCGACUUUGACAGAGCUCUGCAGUCAAACUUGUCACUGGUGAAGAAGCUGUUGAAUCGACAAAAGAAUGUGGACAUAAACAUCUACAAGAUGCAGCAUCUGCAGAAGGAGGGGUGUAUAAUUAAGGAGCGAUGUCUGGUCACCCACAUGAUGAGUAGAAUCUGCAACAAACACAAGGCUGACCUCGCAGUUUUCCCUUUGGCCGUUCAAAUCUUGGACCGGUUUCUGAGUGUCCAAAUGGUACCACAACGAUGUAGAAUGUAUGUUGGGUUAGCAGCGUUGUUGUUGGCGUCUAAAAUGAAGUCGACUAGACCACUGACGACGGAGAUAUUGGCUCAAGAAAGGACUUACAAUACGGUUACGAUUCAGGUCAGUUCGUUAUACUGUAUAUUAGUAUUUUUGGUUACUGGAGGCUAUGUUUGUGUAUAUUGUAGUUAGUUAUCAUGUUUUAUAUGAAGACGUUAAAGAUGUUAAUUUAAAAAAUAUUUUUCAGAAAUGGGAGAAAAGUAUAGCUGCUAUUCUUCGAUGGGACUUCAACAAUCCUACAGCUGUCGAUUUCUUCGAUUGUUUGGUGUCGCAGUCGGAAGAAUUGGCCGACCUCAGAGACGAUUUCUUUACAGUUUUGGAUGACCUACAAAGAGGUUGGUUUUAUUCAAAUUACAUAGUUUUUGAUGCACUUUUUUUGUGUUUUUUACGGUAUUUUUGUAUUAUUGGUUAUUUUUGCUUUAGUGCCAUUUAUUAUUUCUCUUCUUUUUUUAUUUUUAGUGUUUUUCCCUUCUACAGUAUGCCAUUUUGAAAGUUUAUAUUUUUUAUACUUCGAAAAGGGGAGAAAAACCCUCAGUUUUUAUGUCAUUUUUCAAGCGAUCAUGCUGAAAUUAGUAGUUUUUUCGAGUUCAUCAGCUUCUCUGAUCCUCUCGCUGGCUGUUUUUUUUGUUCACGGAGGUCUGGGUGGUCCCUCCAAUUGACUUCAGGCUUUGCGCGCAGGGUAGCAGCAGAUGUUUUUUUUUAUUUAAAUUCGUUUUUUACGUCGGCUUCUGGAGGACGGAGAGAAACUGGCUUCUGAUAAUUAGGCGAGCAAUAUAUCCAACCUGAGAAACCCAUUUUGGGAAGUUUUACAUUGACAUACACUUUCUUACUGAUAGUUUUAGGUAUUAAGACAUUUUUGAAUAUUAGUGUUUUAACUCUUAAAGGAGGACUUCUUUACUCCAAAUUCAUAUCGGUCUUUUAACCUGGGAUUCACAUCGAAUAGGGGUCUUCCAGAAGCCACCUAUCAUGCGGUAAAGAUGAUGAGGCAAUUGAAUUGACCCGAUCAAGCCUUCUGCCUCCCUUAAUGAGCCGAUUGACGACGAGGGUGGCUGUUCCGGGCGUUCUGGAAUCUGUUUUAACUGGCGUAGCGCCAAAUAGCCAUGAGAAGAGUUGCGUCGCCGUGUGAUAUCGACCUCGCCCUAGUCUUGUACCCUCCACAGUGUUUACCGUAAUUUACAUAUGAAAAGGGUGGCGAUGCGUCGUGCUGUGAGUGCGGUAAACGUAUUGGUGCACUUGGAAGUGUUUUCCGAUCUUAGCAUAGUAAUUUAGGGCUUUAGCAUAAUGAGUUUGUAAACGUAUUGUCUUGAUCAGUGAGAUAGAGAAGGAUUUGAAAUUUAAUGGAAUGUGCUCAAGGACUUGUCUUGGGCACUAAUGUCAGUCUAUCAGCAUAUCUUUAAAAUUACUAUAGGAAGUGUUUUUCGAUAAAAUUACUAUAGGAAGUGUAUAAUACAAUGUUUAAAAAACUUUACGCUUAAUGAGCCACAAACAGCAGCCUUCAGAAUUCUUUGUCUGUUUUUUGUGUCCAACUGUACAAAAAAAAGAGUUUACUGUGGAGCCAAAAAAAGUUGCGCGAGGCAAAAACUUUUUUCAAUUGUUUUUUGGGCGGCUUCCUCCACGAAUCGAGUCAACUUGUUUGAUGGAUUACUUGAGCGGCACCUUUUAAACUUCACCGAACUUUCCGUUCGUUUUUUAAAAUUUUCAAAAAAAUCACUGAGACCUUAUUCAAAUUGUCUUUUUUCCCAAAAUUUCGUUUUUUGGCUUCAAACUUUCUAUUAUUUCAUUUUUUUAUUUAUUGCCAACUUUCGAUCUCUCAGACCUUUAAAAAAGUAAUUCGUAGGCUUAUAAUUAUAAAACAGAAAUUGCCAUGACUUUUGAGUUGUUUGAGUUAGGUAUAAAACCAGCCGUUUUUUAUGCAGAUGCAGUCUUUGACGGUUAUUAUCAGAUGGCAAUGUUGUUAUAAGGUUAUUAGCUAUAAAUCGGCUCGGUUCGUCUUGUUCUCUGACACCAUGACCCGUUGAUAACAUCGCGAUUGCGCGAGACUGUUUCAUUCUUGUUUAUUCUCGGCUUUUGAAUGCGUUUUUGGCGCGUUCUUUUUUUGGAGCCGACCGUAUGAGCCCGUUAUGACAGACGUUUUUAUUAGUGUUGGUUCGCGCGAGAGAUCACAAGAUCGCCGGCAGUUAUUACCAACUCUCGGGUUUAUCUUAAGGCUGGGAAAGGACGGGAUAUUACCUCAUAAUUAACAUGGGCUUCUUCUUGUUGCCGACUAUGAAGAUGAUUGUAAUUGUCGGAAGCUAAUUAUACCGGCAUUCUAGGCAACAAUAAUUGUCUAUGGACUAUAAUGUCACAAAAAUCAGUUAUAUGUUAUUAUUGGCAAAAUAAUUGCAUGAUGAUCCAUUAUACAUGUAUAUGGCAUAUCGCUAAUCGUAUAACGAUCUUAUACUUUAUACUAUAUUAAGAUCGUUAUACCGCAUCUUUUUCGGCAACGAGUGACCGUUGCUCGUAGCUAUCUGUAAUUGGCUUAUGGUUCACAAAAUUAUAAGAAAUGUUUCUUUUGUCGUCGCCAAACAGCUUAUUCGGACCGGCACUUAACACAUUUGGCUAAGACUUAAACAAAAAACGAGGGCUGAGAGUCAGGUCAGACGGUGACCCCAACCCCAACUCAUUGCGCAAUCAACUAAAGAAGAAGCCAAGACGACGGUCGAGGUCUUGAAAAGCACAUAAAACUGCUGAUAACCUUGAAGGUUACCUCUGUUCGAACUAGAUUUAAAAGUGCAUUGCAACCCGAGGUAGUUUCUGAGAUCCCGGUCUUGUUUUAGGUUACUGUACAGUUGAAUCGAGUUGAAAUAGGUAUGAAACGCAUCAAUCCUUGGCUUUUUUUGGCUUAAUCUUUGGCUUUUUCUGGCAACUUUCCUCAAUUUACUGUAACUUAGUCUUGAACUGGUCUCGAAAGUUCAUAUCUCUGUGGCAACAUUGCCAUACACAUCAAAGCCUAUUAGAUGUCAGGUUUAUGUGGGGCAUGAUCGAUUAACUAGCCAAGUUGUGUUUGCGCAACGGUUGUCUCAAGAUGCUGGAGAUAAAAGGGGAUCUGGCGUCUGCCGCCAUAUGGAAUGAUGAACCGGUCCUCUCGCUUUCACUAUUGUUUGGCGCAGUUCCUUUUUUGGUGAAACCGAUCCUCAUACAAAGACGAAUUGAAGAAAAUUAAUGACUGACAGUCCCAUCACUCUUUGUUUAUUUGGCCCUAACUUUAGGUAAUGGAGUAGCAUUAAUAGGGCAGAUAUCUUCGCAAUUGGAUUGGGUUACUUCUACGGCCAUAAAAGUGAGGUCUUAAUAGUGCUAAUGUGAUACGGUUGACUAUCGUUUGAAACAUAUUGUAGUUUUAUAUGGUCUUAACUUUAGUACUAUGACUUUUGGAAUAUCCACCUUCUUUCAUCAUGGUUCUUUUUACUGUCUUCCGAUCUUAUGACAGUGGGCUCUACGGUAAUCGUAUAAAUAUGUUACGAUGAUCCGACUUCUCCUGGUGGACUCCUCCUGAUGGUGAUUCAGGUCUCGGGGGACCCAGAAUUUGAAUUUGAGUGGCCCGAUAGACGCGGGAAUGUUGCGUGGCGGAGAGUGGUUUACGAGGAGUGAGUGCAUUUUAGUGAGGUGCGGCACGGUCCUUUUCAUCGUCUCAGUCAUCAGCUAGCCGGCUUUGCGUUCCUCGGCCAUUCAAAUUCUGUUUUUCGAAAAGUGAUUUUUAAACGAGGCCCCUCGUGUUUGAUGGCUGUCUUAAUGAAAGCGCAUAUGAGCAGCGAUGGAAUGCACAGUUGUUGUCAUUACCACGGCCAAAUGUCACCCCGAAGACUAAUUGUCCGCCAUUCAAAGCCGGCUACCAUUUCGGAAAUUUGAAUUUUAAAAUGUUCGAAUAUUGUUUUGAGUAAUAUUUGAAUUCGAAUAUUUCUUAUAAUUUGAAUUCUGUUUUAAGACGCUGUCUACUGUCUUUGAAUGCAAGUAUUAGAGUAACUUGACAUUCAUUUAAAACAGCACUUUUCGAAAAGAUUACUACAUUGUUUGACUAUUAAUUAAGGCACGGUGUUGGCUGUUUAUCUAGGCACACAAUUACCGAAUGACAUGUGCAGUCCGAGGCCCCCCGCUGACCCCGCUGUAGAGGCAUGCUUACUGUCCUCCUUGUUGAGUGUUGCGUUAAUCCCAGUUAUUCGAGCAGAUCUUAUAACGCCAGCUGCAUUGCGGCACACGGGGCUGGAUUCCAUCUGGCUUAGGCUUUAUUCCAGCCAUUAACGACUCAAUUAAGCGACUCCCAUCUGAUUGAUUGAGCCGACAUUAGAAAUUUAUGCAUAAUCAAGUCUCAUGAACUUACUGUAACCAAAAAUGGCACGAAAGUCAUAAUGCAAUUAAGGAUCGUUAAAACCUUAUUAUUACUAAAAAAUACUGUAAUUGUACUGUAAAGAAAAGUUGAAAUUGAAACGCAAGUUUUUGCAUAUAAGAAUAAUAAGAUCUAGGCUAGUAAAUUAUCGUACAAAACAUGUUAUACUAAACUCGACCGUUUUAAAAUUCAAAAAAUUAAAAAUAUAUUAUAUUGAUAUUGUUAUAGAUCUGCACUUUGCCUCGUUAUACCCAUCAGAACAAAUGGCCAUCGUCCUCUUUUACCUGAGGGACAUGUACCAGUUUGAACUAAUCGAAGACAACAUCUACUCCCACUUCGAACUCGAUGCUGAUGUUAUUCAAGCCAACCUUAUGUUGUUACAUGGAACCAUGAGGCAGGUUUUACAAAAUAAAAAAUUUUAAAUGUAUCAAGUUGUGCUAACUACAGUCAUUGUUAGGUACCAGGACUUACUUUCAAUUUUUCUUUUUUAUAUUAUAGUACUUUCAGACCAGCACCACUAUCGCCGACCUCGUCGACGUACUCAGACGGCUGUCCACCCACGCCCAACUCGGAGAGCCUCUGA